AUGGAAGCACUAGGAAGAUGCAAUUGCAUUGCAAAAGAGAACUAUGAAACUAACCAAGCAUUUGUUUUUGUUCUACUUUCAGCAACUAUUGGUUCGAUAUCUGCUAAUCUGAGUUCGGUUCCGAUCCUUGAUGGAACAAAUUUUAAGGAUUGGAAAGAGAACAUGGAAAUUGUUCUUGGCUGCAUGGAUCUUGACCUUGCACUAAGGGUGGAGAAACCCGCUUCUCCUACGGAAUCUAGUACCUCUGAACAGAGGAAAGAUUAUGAGAAGUGGGAUCGCUCCAAUCGCAUGAGUCUUAUGAUCAUUAAGCGCGGCAUUCCUGAGGUCUUUAGGGGUACUAUCUCGGAAGAGAUAAAAGGUGCCAAAGAAUUCCUUGCUGAAAUUGAAAAGCGCUUUGCAAAAAGCGAUAAGGCGGAAACAAGUACUCUUCUUCAGAACUUGAUUUCCAUGAAAUAUCAGGGCAAAGGAAAUAUAAGGGAAUACAUUAUGGGCAUGUCAAAUAUUGCUUCAAAACUUAAGGCGCUAAAGCUUGAGCUGUCGGAUGACUUGCUCAUUCAUUUAGUAUUGCUUUCUCUUCCUGCACAAUUCAGUCAGUUUAAGAUAUCUUAUAACUGUCAAAAGGAGAAAUGGUCUCUUAACGAGCUCAUUUCAUUUUGUGUGCAAGAAGAGGAAAGGUUGAAGCAAGAAAGGAAAGAAAGUGCUCAUUUUGUUAGCACCUCUAAAGACAAGGGCAAAAGAAAGAAAACUGUUGAGCCCAAGAAUGAAGCUGCAGAUGCUCCAGCACAAAAGAAACAGAAAGAGGAUGAUACCUGUUACUUUUGCAAUGUGUCUGGGCAUAUGAAAAAGAAAUGUACUAAAUAUCACGCUUGA